CAGAAACGAAAUGCUACAGCUAGGCCGUCGACGCUUCUUGAGCAAGCUCGCGCAGCCGCACGACAUUGAGCGCCUCCGCCCGUUCGGACGCGGCGAUGACUGCGUGCGCCUGUAUCUUCCAGGCGCGCUGCCAGCGUGGGCGGCGUCCUUGCCCCAUACGGCCGUGCUCGAGAUCUCGAAUGCGACGGCGCGCAACGCCUUUAGCGGCAAAAUGAUGGCCGAGUUCGCCGACGCCAUCUCGGAGCUCGAGGCGCAGUCGCCUUCGCUCUCGUCAGUCGUACUUCGCGGUGCGGGCGGUCACUUUUGCGCCGGCGCCGACAUCCGUGUCGCGAAAGCGCACUUGAGCUCGCUCGACGGCGGCUCGUUGAUGAGCCGCGUCAUGACGUCGAGCCUCACGCGGCUGCGCAACCUGCCGCUGAUCAGCGUCGCGCUCAUUGAAGGCGCGGCCAUUGGUGGCGGCGCCGAGCUUUCGACAGCCUGCGACUUUCGCCUCUUUGGCGUCGACGCCAAGGUGCAAUUCGUUCAUGCCAACAUGGGCAUUUGUCCGGCGUGGGGUGGCGCUGCGCGUCUCGUCAAGCUCGUGGGGCGACAGCAAGCGCUGCGGCUCCUCGCCCGCACCGAAGCCAUCUUUGCCGACCGUGCGCUGGGCAUGGGGUUCGCCGAUGGUGUCGCGACGCAUGAGAUGGACAUGGACGCGACGGCCCUCGCUUUUCUCGCGCCCCUGGCGGCGAAGCACCCGCAUGUCAUUCGCAGCCUCAAGCGCGUCGUCAGCAACGCGGAUGAUGUUGCGCUCUCCAAGAUGCUGGACGCCGAGCACGCCGUGUUCCAGGAGCUUUGGGGCGGUCCCGCGAACCUCGAGGCGCUCAGCCGCAGCAAAAUCAAGGCACCGAAGGCAGAGUAAUCAGCGCUGAGCAGCAAUAACCCUUUUAAAGACGAUAACCAUAGAUGCUGCGUCUCGA